UUCUGUAUCACGUGAUAUUACGGAUGGGCUGUGGAAUUACGUCCGGGUUGAAACUCAAUACAUUAAAAAAAAUGGCCGAGAAGAAGAAAGAUAAGAGUGAGGAGACCUUUGAAGUCAUGGACAUGGUUGAGUAUGCCAAGAAACAGAGAUGGUGGAAUAAAAUCUUUGGCAAGAACUCUGGGCCAGUAGCAGAGAAGUAUGACGUUGCCACCCAACUUGCCAUUGGAGGUGUGUCUGGCUGGUGUGCAGGAUAUUUGUUCCAGAAAGUUGGGAAGCUGGCCGCUUCAGCAGUGGGUGGAGGCUUCUUUUUGCUUCAGAUCGCCAAUCACACAGGGUAUAUCAAAGUGGAUUGGAAAAGAGUGGAACGUGAUGUAAACAAGGCCAAGAAGCAGCUGAAGUUGAAUACAGAAAAGCCCAGUAAGGAAGUGAGGACAAAAGUGGAUGAGGUGCAAACAUUUGUGAAGAAGAAUAUUGUUCUCACAGGAGGGUUUGCUGGGGGAUUUCUGCUGGGCUUGGCCUCUUAAGAGCUUUUUUUGUCUUUAUAUUUUGUGUCAAAUACAUGGUUGGAAAAAGCUUAUAAACCUAAGCAUCUGUCUAGAUAUGCAAGCAGACCACUUAAUAUGUCAAAAUGCAAACAUAAGCUUAAAGUGUUUUUGGGCUCAUGGACAUCUGGCCAUUUUGGAAAACAACAACAGACCAUUUAAAUACUAUAUUUGUGGGUGAGGUUUAUGCAUGGAUUGUGUACAUGUGGUAUAAGCAACACUUCAGUUAUCUUUUCUAUUAAUGUUCCUAAGCAUUUAGUGUGUUACUGUUUUGAGAAAUUAUUUAGAUCCACCCAGUUUAUUCUUGAUGCUUGUAAAUGUUUUUAGUCAGAUGGAACUGGAGCAACAUCCUUUUAUCCUUCUUUUUUUUUUAAAGUUACAUGCAGAAAUACUACAUGUAUGAGUAAAUACUGUAACAGAGAACUAGGCCAAAAUACUAAAGUUUGGUUUAUGAAGUUAUCUAUCAUUUGGUACUUGUUCUAUUUUAAAGUGAAAUUCAAAGACAAUUAUGCUGUUUACAUGUCUCCAAUAGUAAUUACUUAUUUACCACUGAAGGAAUUUGUUUAUUAAGUAUUUAUUUGAGACCAAGGUGUUUCUAGACUGAAAUCUGAGUCAGGUGGAAGUACACAUUGUGCUCAUUAUAGUUGCACUAUAAAAACAGACUAACGGGAUACACAUACAAAUAACUAAACAAUCAUGGAAUAUGUCAUAGUGGAUAUCAAUAGCCCUUCACAUGAAAUGCAGAGAUGAGAAAUACUGGUCGAAAUGUAGGUUCACUCCACUGUUUGUUUCCUUGUUCAUUACCAUAAGUAGCAUUAAGCAAUUGGAAAAUCUGUUAAAAGCUGAAUAGUAUUUUUCACUGUUAAAAUUCAAUAUUUUGUUAAACAAAUGUUUAAACUCUAAGAGUAAAACAAAGUCAACUGUCCUGAAUGAUGUAGUUUGCCAGUUUCACUGAUAUAGCUACAGUACCUGAACAUUAAUGAACUCCAUCCUUCUAUUAUCAUUUGCUGUCAAUAAAAACAACAACUCUUGAAUGUU